AUGGUGGCGUCCAUGGACGACGUUCCUACCCCUGUGUCGGCCACACAGGCCUCAAUAAGCCCCAAGAAGCCUCGUCGAGUGGUCUCACUACUCAUCGACAACUACGACUCGUACACGUACAACAUCAUGCAGAUGCUGGCUCAAGUGAACGGAACUCCAAACAGUGUCACAGUCAUCAAGAACGACGACUUCGACGGUCGGUUCGACGCUGCAUGGGGCCAUUUCGUGGCCCAAACGACUGCGAUUACCGCUCAAGAAGACGUGGAAUUGGAGUUCAACGUGGUCAUCUCUCCUGGCCCAGGCCAUCCGUCAGAACGUAAGGACUUUGGAAUGUGUGCCGACGCUAUUCGACACGCUACGGUGCCAGUGCUGGGUGUGUGUCUAGGACAUCAGGGACUGGCUCAAGUCUAUGGUGGACAAGUAGUCGAGGCCAACGAGGUCAUGCACGGACGCACCAGUCGUGUGUUUAUCGAAGGAGACAGCUCUCUAUUCACCCACAUUCCGAACGGGGUUCAGGUGGUUCGGUACCAUUCGUUGGUAAUUGACCCUCAAAAUACUCCAAAAGAGCUCGAGGUGAUUGCCUCGACGCAGGAUGGCGUUAUCAUGGCCGUUCGCCAUCGUACCAAGCAGCAGUUCGGCGUACAGUUCCAUCCCGAGGCCGUGUGCAGUGAGUUCGGCUACCAGCUCUUCCAGAAUUUCAGGGAUGUGACGCUGGCUCAAUGCGCGACAAAGUGCGAGCUGCACCAUAGCAACCACCCCGAACAGAGCGCCGCGUUGCAUCGUGCAUCGGCGGGAGUCGCAUCGCUCGAGUUUGCGGAAUUUGUGUUUGGUGAGCUUUAUGGAGCCUCGAAGCGGUCGUUCUGGUUGGAUAGUAGCAACCACGAUACAGUGGCUGGUACUGAUGCAGCAACUCAGUCGCGGUGCUCUAUGAUGGGCGACGACAGCGGGCCUCUGAGCUACUGUGUUGAAUACGACGUCGCCAAAGUGGAGCUUCGCCUACGACGUCUCGUCAGUGAUGCAGAGGAAGUGAAGGUGUAUCCAGGACAAGAUAUCUUGACUCACGUGCGCGAAGUGAUGCAAGCACACCGAUCUCAUCAAGUCGUGUUUAGCGAUGGUGACGAGCUUCCGUUUGCCUUCCGCGGUGGCUUUGUGGGCUACUUUGGAUACGAAGUGCUGGGAAGCGAACAAGAGGGUAAGAAGCUGUUCAACGACAAGGUCCACGUACAAGGAGAGCGUGCUCCAGACGCGUCGUUUUUGUUUACCGACCGUACGUUGGUAUUCGACCACCGGGACGACGUCAUCUACUCGCUGUCACUAGCCGACUGCAAGGCCGAAAGCGAAAGUGCUAGCCAGAUGUGGCAUGAAACAAUCAAGAGCAGACUGAAGCAGCUAUCUGAGACUUUCAACGAGAAGCCUGGAGCUUGCACGCCGCUGUCUUCUAGCGCUUCUAGCAAAGAAGAAGUGAUCUUCCGUCCAUCACGAAGCCGCGCUCAAUACGUGGCUGAUAUUGAGGAGAUCCAACGUUUGAUCCGUGCAGGUGAGACCUACGAAGUGUGUCUAACCAACCACUUGCGAGCUGAUUAUGCUUUACGAGAUCCACUGGCAUUUUACUGUAUGUUGCGCCGCCGAAAUCCUGCUCCAUUCGCUGGUUUCUACGUGAGUAACCCACGGAAUCGCUUCCAGACGCCAAACGCUUUUAGUGGAGCUGAUACACAAGACACAUACGCGCUGUGCUGCUCGUCUCCUGAACGAUUCCUAAGGGUGGGAGCUGAUGGCUGGAUGGAGUCCAAACCCAUUAAGGGAACACGUCCUCGUGGCCGUGACUCGACCGAAGAUGCAGCUAUUGCCGAGGAACUUGCCAGCUGUGAGAAAGACCGUGCUGAGAAUAUGAUGAUCGCCGAUCUGGUACGCAACGACUUUGGUGUCGUCGCUCGAGUCGGAUCCGUACAUGUACCGCGUCUUAUGGGCGUGGAGACCUACGCCACUGUACAUCAGCUGGUCACCACUGUUUGUGCUCAGCGUCGUCAAGACGCGGAUGUUGUGGACGUGUUACGCGCUACAUUCCCCGGUGGUUCUAUGACUGGAGCGCCCAAGAAACGCACGAUGCACAUUAUCCGACAACUUGAACGUGGCCCGCGUGGCGUUUACUCUGGCGGACUGGGCUUCCUAUCGAUCGAUGGUAGCUGUGACUUGAACAUCAUUAUCCGCACAGCCAUCGUGACUCCAAACAGCGUGACACUUGGAGCUGGCGGCGCUAUUGUAGCACUCUCUGAUAGCGAUGAUGAGUACGACGAAAUGCUGCUCAAGGCUCGAGCGCUUGUUGCAACAAUUGGUGCCUACGCCACAGGAAAAGACAAUGGCGGUGGAGCUCGAGUCGUUGUGGACUAA